AGGAUGCUUAUAAUAAUAACUUUUUAGUAUUAUUGCCACCACCUAUAAUAUCUAUAACUGUUUGACUUUUCCAUUCAUAAAAUUUCUUCUUGAUUUGAUUCAAAAGGAUAUGUGGAAGGGAUCAAUGGCUUUUCAAGAUGAAGCAGCAGCAAAAUUGCUUAGCUCUGAUCUCAUGGAGCUGAGUUUGGCUGUUCACAAGCUUGCUGAUCAUGCCAUCAAGCUUGGUGGUUUAGGCUUUGGAGCUUCCUUUUUUGGAUUGAUUGCUGCCAUUGCUGCUAUUUACUUGUUGAUUUUGGACCGUACAAAUUGGAAGACAAACAUUCUUACAGCACUACUCAUUCCAUAUAUUUUUUUCAGCCUGCCUUCAAUUAUUUUUGGUGUAUUCAGGGGAGAAAUUGGAAAAUGGAUUGCCAUUAUUGCUGUUGUUCUAAGGCUUUUCCUUCCAAAACACUUCCCUGAUUGGUUGGAACUGCCUGCUGCAUUGAUUCUUCUUAUUGUUGUUGCACCAUCUCUAAUUGCAAGCACUUUCAGAAACAACAUUGUUGGUGUGGUAGUAUGCCUAAUCAUAGCAUGUUAUUUGCUGCAAGAACACAUUAGAGCCUCUGGUGGAUUCAGAAACUCUUUCACCAAAGCCCAUGGCAUAUCCAAUUCUGUUGGCAUAAUCCUUCUCUUGGUUUAUCCCAUUUGGGCCCUGGUGGUUAUCCUCUUUUAGGAACAUACCAGAAAAAAUCUGUGUAAAUUGAACUAUUUUGUCUUUUGCAUCAUUCAUUUGUUGAACUUCAUUACUUCAUGGCUCAUUUGUGUAUGACCUAUAUAGUUUGUAUCA